UCCGUGUGUCUGUGUGCGUGUGUGUUUGCGUGGUGCGUGCGUGGGUCUGCCGCAUUGAAUUUGGAUUUGGAUUUGGAUUUGGAUUUCAGCCCAGCCCGAUUCUGCUCCCGGAUCACAAUGAUGCGACUCGACCCCCUGGCCAUUGUGCUGGCCUGCUGUCUGCUGCUCGGCGCCACUGGCGGCGCCCACGCCUGGCACUCGGAGGAGCUGGAGAUCUUCGACCUGGUGGAGGAGGUGAAUCGCAACUUCUACGAGUUCAUGGGCAUCAACCAGACGGCCACGGGCGCCGAGGUGAAGCGCGCCUUUCGCACCCUCUCCAUUGUCCUGCAUCCGGACAAGAACGCCGCCGAGGAUGCCAACAUUCAGUUCCGCAACCUCGUCUCCAUCUACGAGGUUCUGAAGGAUCCGUCGCGACGCGAGAAGUACGACCGGGUGCUGAAGGAGGGCAUGCCCAAUUGGAAGUCGGCCCUCUACUACUACCGCCGGAUGCGCAAGAUAGGCCUGUACGAGGGCGCUUUCAUCCUCUUCCUGAUCACCACCGUGGGCCAGUACCUGUUCGCCUGGGCGGCCUACCUCGAAAAGAAGUACACCGCCGAGCAGGUAUUCGGCACCAAGCUGAAGAAGCUGCAGAAGAAGAACAAGAACAUCGACAUGGACGUCAUCCUCAGCGAGAUACCGAUGCCCUCGCUGCUGAACACCCUGCCCAUCCAGAUCCCACUGGCCCUGUGGAACCUGCCGCGCACCAUCAUGAGCGGCUUCAACAAGGCCAACGAGCUCAAGGAACUGGCGCUGGAGAAGCGCAGGCAGGAAAUGGAGGCCGCCCGUCGCCAGGAGGAACUGGAGCGGGAGGCCGAGGAGCAGGCGCGCCUGCGCAAGGAGCACAAGGAGAACCUGCGCAAGCGCAAGCAAAAUACCAAGGCGCCGGAGAAGACCGAGGAGGAGCUGCGUGGCUACUCGCAGAUCCAGGCGCGUGAGAUGACCGAUGACGAUGCAGUUCGGCCAGCUUCCCAGAAGAGCACUGUGAGCGGCGGCUUCUGGACUGACGAGGAUCUCACCGAGCUGAUUCGACUGGUGAAGAAGUACCCUGGCGGUGCUGGCAGUCGGUGGAACACGAUCGCCGAAUCGAUGAACCGCAGCGUGCAGGAGGUGACCUUCAUGGCAGCCAAGAUGAAGGAGAACGGCUACCGCAUUCCCGGCCAAACGGACAGCGUGGCCGAGAACAUCGUCCAGGAGUCCCAGCAGGCGCAGCGCAAGGAGAAGGUGAAGAAGACGGCGGCCACCACGCCUGCCACUGCUGGCGCUCCCGCGGAGAAGAGCAUGCUCAUUCCGGAGACCAACUGGACGCAGGAGCAGCAACGCGCCCUGGAGGCGGCGAUAGUCAAGUACCGGAAGACGGCCGGCGGCGAUCGUUGGCAGAAGAUCGCCAACAGUGUGCCGGAGAAGACCAAGGAGGAGUGCCUGGUGCGCUACAAGUAUCUCUGCGAGCUGGUCAAGACGCAGAAGCGGGCCGAGGAGGAGGCCAAUGAGCCGGACGAGGAUGCGGCCGCCAUCGAGGAGGAGCUCCCGGAGGAGGAGCCGCCUGCGCCAGCAGAAGCAGAACCGGAGCCGGCGCCAGCCGCCAAGAAGCUGAGCAAGCGGGAGCAGCGGCGACGCAAACGGGACUUGUCCAGUGGCGAGGACUCGGACGAUGCAUAUCAGUACGAGAUCAGUUAGUCGGAUCCCCCCUUCCAGUCCUGUCCUGCUGCUCCGGCAGCUCCUCGCAUGGCUCAAACUUAGAUGUAAUUCAUUUUUUUUAUACUUUGCACUAAAGACUCUCUGGCAUGGCAUUCUGGACCUUCCUGAUCCUACUCCGCGGCCCGAUCCCAUGCCCCCUUCCCUUCCAUCACCUUGUGUAGCGCUUAUCUUAUGUUUUGUACAUAAUUCUAUCUUGUAAACAUCUAAAUGUCGAUUGAUUCCUUUGCCAAGUAAACGAAAUGUGGAAGGAA